AUGACAGACCACCAACAACCACAAUCCGUUCUCAUCUCUGUCACCCCCUCCGCCACCGACCGUACCUCCGCCCUUUUCCCGGGCACAGACGUCCACAACUCUGAGUAUACAGAUGAUGAAAGGCCUUGGGAGAUUAUGGAUGUCACGAUUAAAGGGGACAAUGGGGAAGCGGUUGAGGUGAAGGUGGAUGAACAUUACUGGGUCAGUAAGGAGUGUGAGCAGGAGGCAGAGGCUUAUUAUGCAGAUGUCUACUGUGUAGAGCCAUCGCAGAUAACGAUCAAGCGAAAGUCGAGAUUCCAGCCGGAUAAUAAGAGUACCGGGGGCUGGAUGUCGUGGGACUAUGGUGCGGACGGUACUAUUAUGCGGCAACAGGAUACAGAGUGGAGUAGGCUCUGUGGGUGUGAAGAUGGAACGUGUUUGAUGAGGUGUGUUCCGAUAUCUAACGGUGAGCAGAUUAUCAUGGACCUCAAUGAAGAGAUCAAAGAGAAGAUGCACGAGGAACACGAAGGCUUUUAA